AGACAAAAUGUAAAUUAUUCUGAAGAUGGAGGGAAAGAUGAGAAAUCGACUGCAUAGCUGUGAAGAAUGCCAAGACGUUUACAACGUGUCUGAGAAAGAGAUUGUUGUUCACAUGCUGUUGGCCCAUGAGAGUGCAUAUUGCUGGUCUUGCGAAACAUUAUUUGAGUCAAGAGACGAGAAAGUACUUCACGAUGAUUUCAGCCAUUUUGUUUUACGGUGUUCCAACUGCUCCGAGGUCUUGAAAGAUGAAGUUCAGUUGGCUCUACAUGCUAAACAGGCUCACAAGGUUGUUAUCUGUGGCUACUGCUCUGUGUGGAUCGAAGCGGAUACAUAUCCUGAACACUCAGCAAUUAUUCACAAAAUUUCUCAUCCAGCGAGUUCUCCAAAAAGUCACAAUCCUUCAAAAAGUCACAAUCCUUCAAAAAGUCAUAUUUCUUCAAAAAGUCACAAUCCAAACCCUAGUCAAAGUCUACCAUUAAGUCACAAAAGAAAAAACAUCGUAACCUUAGAAAACCUGGCGGAACAUAUUAUUAGCAAAAAUAUUGCUGAACCCAGCACAAACCUUAAACAUACAAUCCAGUAUAUUUGCAACUUGUGCGAUUCUUUUCACAAAAACUUUAGGAAAAUAUAAUAUUUAUAUUUAA